AGUUUCACUUCAGCAUUUUUUGAAACACUCAUAUAUGUUAACCAACGAUAUAAUUAUUAGUUAUCCUCUUAAACUGAGCUAAUAAUGACGACGUACAGUAUAUUCUUACUAUAUGUUUUUCUCUUAUUUAAUUGGUCCUUGGCAGAUGAGUUCUCACCAGUGAUACAAACUACCAAAGGACCAGUGAAGGGCCUCGUUUUAACGACCAUCAGAGAAUCUAAGAAAUAUCAUUCUUACAGAGGUAUCCCUUAUGGCAAACCACCAAUUGGACAUCUUCGAUUUAGACCACCUGUCGAGAUAGAUCCAUGGACCAAAGAGUUCGAUGCUACAAAGGAUGGUCCUAUUUGUCCACAAAUGAAUGAUAACAAAUUCAUCGGCCAAGAGGAUUGUCUGAAUCUCAAUGUCUAUACACCGCAGGUCCCAAAAGAUGGAGAAGAUAUUAAACUCAAAGCUGUUAUGUAUUGGAUUCAUGGGGGUUCCUUUAUUUCUGGAGUAGCUUCGAAAUUCUAUUAUUCUCCUGAUUAUCUGAUCGAAGAAGACAUCGUAGUCGUUACUGUUAAUUACCGGUUGGGCGCUCUUGGAUUUUUAGCGUUGCAACAUCAAAAUGCAACUGGCAACGCAGGCUUAAAAGAUCAGAAUCUUGGUCUGAGAUGGGUUCGCGACAACAUAGCAAAAUUUGGUGGUGAUCCAAACAAGGUGACGAUAGUUGGUGAAAGUGCUGGUAGUAUUAGUAUAGGUUUUCAUAUACUUUCAGAAAAAUCGAAAGGUCUGUUUCGUAGUUCAAUCGGGAUGAGUGGGGUACCAUUAUGUGCUUGGGGAUUCAGUAUACCAAAAGAUGCAACAGAAAGAGCUUACACAUUCGCUAAGAAAUUUGGUUCCACAGCUACGAACGUUGACGAGUUACUUGAAUUUUAUUAUAAAGUCGAUGUAGAAAAUUUGACUAGAACGAUUUCAAAUGCAACCCUGGUGGAUCCUCCGUUAAAGCCAACUCUAGAGAAUCCAAAUUAUGGUCCAGAUUGGUUCAUUACUGAAUGUUCUUUAAAGAAAUAUAAAUCUGGAAAUUAUAGUCACGGACCUAUAAUGUUAGGCUACAACAAAGACGAAGUUCUUGAGUUUGUAGGAUCAUUAGAAGAUAUUCGCAAAUGUCUUAAUAUUUCUUCAAAAAUCGCUUCCGAUUUUGAUAUUAAAAACAUCGAUGUGUUCAAUAUAAACGAAGACAUAGCGAAUGUUAGCAUACAUGAAAUCAUAAAGGUUACUUCGGAAAUGUUGUUUAUGGCUCCUAUAGAUUACACGCAGAAGUUAAUGGCAAAAUUCAAUGAUCCUAUUUAUUACUAUCGAUAUGAUUUCGCGUAUAACAAAUCCUUACACAAAAUCCUAGAUCACAUUGAUAUAAACGGUGCCGCACACGCCGAUGAAAUUGAAAUGAUAUUUUAUUCAGAUUUAUUCCAAGUAAAUCCCAAGGCAAAGAACAGGAUGACAUUACUACAACAAAGGAUGACUCGUUUGUGGACAAAUUUUGUUAAAUACGGAAAUCCAACUCCAGAUGGUACCAACGAUACUUUACUAAACAUUGUUUGGCCAGAUUCGAGAAAAUCUGGUAAAAUGUUGUGGUUAAACGAUGAUUUGAAAAUACAUAAUCGAUACAAGACUAUGAUUAUUGAUGUAACUGAAUUAGGCUUGAAAUUAUUCGGCGAUGAUUUAAACGGAUGUGAUAUAAACUGGAAUGUAAUAUAAAUAACAUACAACUUUUAAUUUCAAAUUAAUUUUUGUCCUAAAUGAGGAAUUUUUAAACCGUUAAUCUCAUUCACGUUGUAAUUUCAAUAUAAUAUAUUUAAUAUUGUAA